AUGGCUAAUUUCUCCGGUGGAACCGGUGCAGGGUCCAGCGGAACCGGGAGUGGUGGCGGUGGAAUUGAGGACACCGGUAGUGGAGGACCCCAGCCGUCUUCCUCCCUGUCGUCGGCGUCUUUACGGCGAUUUGCGUUUGGCCAAGCUGGACCGAUUUCGCUGGAUGUCGCCACAACGACUGGUGGAAAUUUUUCGCUCAUCGUUGAUAGCGAACAAACGGUCGAGCAGUUGAAGAAGAUCAUAUCGAAAAAGCUGAAGGUGUCGAAGGAUCGCAUAUGUCUGUUGCAUCGUGAAAGAGAGCUUAACGAUGGCACGCUUCGCGAAAAUGGUCUUAUCGACGGUUCCAAAAUCAUCCUCACGCCGAACGUCGAAACGGGUCUGCUGGCUCAACGGGCAGAAAACACGGUCAUGCAGGCGCUGGAAUCGCUGAAUGACAAUCAAGUGAAUGAUUUUUUGAGCGGCAAAUGCCCGCUCAAUCUGAACGUGCGCCUCGGUGAUCACAUGAUGUUGAUUCAGCUGCAGCUUAGCACACUCAAUCCAUCCGCCCAGGCAGCCACGACCGGCAACAGCAGCACCAGCACCAGCACCUCUUCCCACAACAUCAGCAAUAAUCCCAACGUAUCCACGAGCAACAACGCGAACGUAAUGAACCUCAACACCGGCGGGAUAGCAGGUGUACCCGGUCUUAAGCUGAUCAAUGCUGGAAUGCCUACCAUCAUCAUUAGGAAGCCACCAGCAGCGAACGAGUGGGAGAUCAUUUAUCCAUCACAAGCUCAACAGCAGCAAACCGAAUCACAGGCAACACCAGCUGCGUCAACAUCAAGCAACGACAGGACCUCUAAUCAACCGCAAUCUACCGGUGCCGUGGCUGCGAAGAUGAAAAAAACGGUCGUUAUUGCGACCAACAACAUUCCGCAGCAGUUAUCAUCAGCACCGGUUCCCGCUUCCCGGGCCGUCUUUUGUCAGGAUAAACCUCCGCAACAACCACAGCCAACAGAGCCACAGCAAUCGCUUCAGCAACAACAACCGACUUCGGCUGCCAGCACUUCGAAAACGUACGUCUUUACUAUGGCGGAUUGUAACAACCAAAGACCGUGGAAGUAUCUCCGUAAUGGGGCGCCUCUGAAGCGACCGCAUUGGCAUACGGAAUCAACUCCAGAAGCCGCUAGCAAUCCGGCUCCGAGCACCGCCGUAAAUACCGAAACCGAUGUUCAGAACAACGAGCCGGGGGCUCAGAACAGUAACCGUAGCGAAAACGGAGGUGGUGGAGAUGCAGUGGUUGAAAAUAAACCCGUACAAUUCAUUAUAGGCGACAACGAAAUGCUGCUAACACGCCGAGGCAAGAUGGCACAGCUUAUCGAUUUGAAGCGGAAACCUGAAUAUAUACGGAAUAUUACUCCCGGCGUUUACCGUGUGCCUGCGACGACUAAACCCGACGAGGCAUCACCGAUUUUAUCCCUAUCGAACAUGGUGUCCACCCGGCUGGUCGCUGGUGGAACGGACACAGGUGCCAAUGAUGCAACGGAAGGAUCGGAUGAAAGUUCGGUAGCUGUGACGAGUGAUGCCGCUGCCAGUUCCGGCUGUUCCGAUCCUAUAUCAGCUAAUCUUACGUCAUGUCUCUGUCAGCGCUUUGAUGGUGCAGAUGCUGAGGUGGAUGCUAAUGGGGAGGCUAACAAAGCUACCGCUUCGGAUGAAGCCAACGUAGCUACGAAUAUGGUUCUAAACGCCUGUCCGGAAGAUACGGUAACAGGAGGAUCAGCCGAGGCUAAUCGGCUGCAUUGCACGGCGCAGAAUCCAAUCACACGCCACAAAGCCAAAGCACACAACAUCCGGAAGCUUAUUGUUGGCGAUGGAAAGAUAAAAACUUCCCUCGAAACCAUAGCCGGGUGUCCGUCAACCGGCGUUGUGCGGCCUUUAGUGCGUGUGGCAUCCCAGAAGCUGGCUCAACAGCAAGCUCAGGGUCAGGAGCAGUCCUUGCAAGGGCAACCACGUCCGUUACAACCAAACCUUCCUGAAAUGGUGGUUUUCCCGAGUGGUAUAGCGAUGCAGCGUGUGAACUUUGCGCUGGGUGAUCAACAGCAAAAGCAGCAGCAGAAACAACAGCCGGCCACACAACCACAAGCUGGUGAUCCGACUCCGAUGGACAUGGAUAGCAAUGUUAGCUCGCUGGAGAAUCCUGCCCUCGCUGAGGCAUCUCGCAACCUAACCCAGACGUUGCGUAAAUUAUCAAAGAGCGUGUUCACAAAUAAAGUGAUGCAGGAUGUGGCAGCUUCAUCCUCGUCUCAAUCUCCACUUACCGAGCCAACGUCCUCCUCAUCCAGUGGAUCGACACCAAGCUCGGUGGCGUCAUCCGGACGAGGUGUUAGUUCAGGCGCUAUAAUCGAAUCGAUGAAGCACCACGGUAAAGGUAUAUAUUCGGGCACCUUCUCUGGUACGCUCAAUCCCGCUCUGCAAGACAAAUUCGGUCGUCCAAAGCGCGACAUUUCGACCAUCAUACACAUUUUGAACGAUCUGCUUAGCGCAGCGCCUCAGUGUGCUCGCAACACAUCGGAAGCCGUUGCUAAAGCCAGCGCAAUGAAUGCAUCCACGGCUACAACCAGCACUGGAGCCAAUCCUCCCGCAAAUACGGUCGGAUCUUCCGGUUCCGGUACGAAGAUCUUUUUUCUGGAACCAACGGCGGCAGCUGCGGCGACGUCGUCUUCAAGUUCAGGAGGCAAUGGUAUUGCGCUCUUAGCAGGACCCACGGCUAAUGCUCAGCAGUCGCAGCCGCAAUCAAGCAAUCAAUCCGAUCUGAAUGCAGGUGACAGUCCACCAACACCAAAUUUACAACAGACGGCCACGCCAACGAUGUCGAAAAAUAUUGGCGGUCUGACACAGCUCAAGUACCCGAUGGCGAUGGUUUCCUGCGGCUGUAACGAAUCCGUGCAAAUCAAUGACAACUCUGAAUGCAAGGCACCAAACAUAGGCAUCACCACACAUGGCCAUGCAAAGGGUCCUCAUUCCAUGGCAAGCUGUAAUGCAGCUGGAAGUCGUCGACCGUUACUGCUCUCAUCAGGUGCUGGUUCCGCUGGUCAGAAAAUCAUUACUGUCGUCGCACCGACGGCGACUACUUCUGGAUCUCCGGUAGUUCUAUGCCAAUGUGGUGCUGCCAUGCUUGCCAGCGGUUCUUCAUCUGCUGAGGAGCAACACCCACGGUGCAAGAUGUGUGCGCUGAAAGCACUGGAGCUAGAGAACUCUAAAACCAAGCUGAAACUCGACAACUUGCGCAAGAUUAUGCAGAAAAAGAAGGAACGUCGUGAGGCGCGUCGUCAGCAAGCGGCACCGUACAACACUUCCACGGUGUUGAUGCCGGUCAGCCAGAACUAUAGCCCUGAUCAUGUGUCCCUCACUGCCGAUGUCACGAAUAACGGAAAAAUUAGCAUGCCCAUCGGAUCGACGCUGAUCGAUGGGGCACAAGAGUCACAGAGCUCAGAGCAGCCACAACCGUCGGCUAUGCAGAUAGAAUCGGAAGUGGAACCUCACAGUCAACCACCGGUGACCACUACAGCGCAACCGCAAGUUCAGAAUGGUGGUGCGAGCAGCGAAUCAUCAGUCUUGGAAGAAGUAGUUCAACAAAAGCUGCUCCAACAGCAGGAGAUGGAAGUGAUGGAAUCAGACCAACCUGAAGCAGAUACCGGUGAUGUUUUGUGCCAAACCGAACGAUCUUCUCCGACCGAUCCGGUAGAGACAGAUUCAGAGCCGGGUGGUGGAACGACUGCAGCUAAUAGUUCUACAUCCCCGUCGGCAACGGGAACCAUUUGCACAUCGUCGUCUGCCUCGGCGGCCGCAUCAUCCCCACCGACCGGAGCUUCCACCUCCGAAGCGACGACCAGCACUACUGCCCACCUGGUAGAGGAGGUGGACACCGUCGCUUAG